CGAUGGGAUCUUCUCAAUCAUCAGUUCACCAAUUUAAUACCUAAACGCACUUCAUCCUCGAAAAAAUUUUACUGCAAUCGGAAUAAAAUUUUGAAGUUGAAAAUUAACAAUUCACAUUUUACAAACUAAAGUGUGAUCUUGUAAAAAUUUAUAACGAACUUUAAGCAAGGUCCAAAAAUUGAUUUAUGGCGAAUGAAGGCCUUUGAAGGAAAAGGGCUAAUUUCUGUACAGUGUUUCUAAAAAAGUGAGAAAUUAAAUUGAGAUCAUAAAAAUGCUGUUUAUUUAGUAUUAAAGAAAAACAAAUAAAUAUAACUGAUUGAAUCUAACAUCUUCUAAAUGCAUUUUUGGAGUUGUGGUCUCAAGUAGUGAAUUGAAUCAUCACAUAAUUUGUCGUAAAACACGAGUGGAUUCGUUGUAGAGUUGGAAAACGAUUCCACAUAUUUACGAGAUUGUGGAAAGCAAGCGAGAAAGAGUGAAAAGAGGGAGCGAAGAAGCAGCUCGGUCUUUUUGAAUUGUGCUGCUACAUUGGAUAGUGCGUGUCGGUCGUGCAUUUAUUUCGUUUAGACAGUCAGUCAUCGGUUAUUUUUCAUUCGUGCGGUUGAGUUAGAGUCCAAGUGAGAAGUUAGUGUCCAAUAUAUUAGCUGAAAUUUGUAUUCUAAAAGUGAAAAAUAAAAGCUUUAAUUUGAUUUUAUUUAAAUAGCCACGACAUACGUCACGCCAGAAAUAUUUUAUAAAUUCAAUCUAAUUUUUUGUUUGGUUCGUGUAAAUCAAAAGCCGUCAAAAUUGAAUCCACGAAGAUUGACGAGACUUUUUCCUCCUCUUCGACUGCGAUGGAGGAUAAAGCAACAACAAAAGAUCUGGAUCAAUGGAUUGAGCAGUUGAACGAAUGCAAUCAAUUGACGGAAACGCAAGUGCGAACCUUGUGUGAUAAGGCGAAGGAGAUUCUCUCCAAGGAAUCUAAUGUUCAGGAGGUAAAAUGUCCGGUCACAGUAUGUGGUGAUGUCCAUGGACAGUUUCAUGAUUUGAUGGAAUUAUUCCGGAUAGGUGGCAAAUCUCCUGACACUAAUUAUUUGUUCAUGGGUGAUUAUGUUGAUCGUGGUUACUAUUCAGUAGAAACCGUCACUUUGUUGGUGGCAUUAAAAGUUCGUUAUCGUGAGAGAAUAACGAUUCUACGUGGCAACCACGAAUCGCGACAAAUUACUCAAGUUUAUGGAUUCUAUGAUGAAUGUUUGCGAAAAUAUGGCAAUGCAAACGUUUGGAAAUAUUUUACCGACUUGUUUGAUUACUUACCACUAACGGCAUUAGUCGAUGGUCAAAUAUUUUGUUUACAUGGAGGGCUUAGUCCAUCUAUUGAUAGCUUGGACCAUAUUCGUGCUUUGGAUAGACUUCAAGAAGUGCCGCAUGAAGGUCCCAUGUGCGAUUUACUGUGGUCCGACCCCGAUGAUAGGGGUGGCUGGGGCAUUUCACCCCGUGGCGCCGGUUACACAUUUGGUCAGGAUAUUUCGGAAACAUUUAACAACACAAAUGGACUGACACUUGUAUCUCGUGCUCAUCAGUUAGUUAUGGAAGGAUAUAAUUGGUGCCAUGAUCGCAACGUUGUUACAAUAUUCUCAGCGCCUAAUUAUUGCUAUCGCUGUGGCAAUCAAGCGGCCCUAAUGGAAUUAGAUGAUUCACUCAAAUUUUCAUUCCUACAAUUUGACCCAGCACCUCGUCGUGGUGAACCUCACGUUACACGAAGAACACCGGAUUAUUUCCUAUAAGAGAAUUCUUCAUCCAUUUACAUAUAUUAUACAUACAUUUAUAUAAAUGCAAAAAGAACAGCAGAAAAAAACAAAGAAUACUAAACUAUUUAUAAAAAUCGAAUUCCAAUCGCAUGGAAAGAAGAUAUAAUAAAUAAGUAAAAUCAAUAUAGUUGAAGUGAAUGUAAAAGUAUAUAAAUGGAGGUAACACCAGAUCUUAGCAGCAAUAAUUACGGACGAGGGACGGCUGCGAUUGGCAACUUAGUAGGAGUACUAAUAAGUUAUUGUGUAAGAAACAGCCGACACAAAACCCCAUACAAGUAUAUGUUUAAAACGUAGGCAUUAGUUUAAGGCUUACAAAAAAGAUGCAGCCAAAUGCGAAAAUUUUAGUAUAUGCAAAUCCAAAACAAACAAUUUCCACACUUUAGUUAAAUAAAAAGAAAUGAACUUUGGGACAGAAUUACAAUUGAUUUACAUUUAAUUUAACAGUAAACGCGAUGUGAUCAACGCUAAAAAGUAUAAUAUACAAAUUCAUUAUUUAAAAAUCCACGGAUAAAUAAAGCCGAUUUAAUACAAAUAAAUAAUAAUUUUUCGCAGUAAAUAAAUAUUGAAAUUUUCUAUUAAAUAUGUAACUUUUAGAAUUCGCGCAUAGAUAUAGCCUUGUCACAUAUUUAACUUAUUAUCAAGUAUGAAGCAGAGAAAUUGGAUGCUAAAUCACAUAACUAACAUACACAGUCGUUAACUGGGAACGAGACGUGACAGUAAUACGGCCUAUACAUUACAAUUGGAGCAGGAACUGAACUGAUUAGCGAACGCAAGAUGAAAGAAGAGUUUGUAGAGUGUAGGGCUUUACACAAAACAAAAUAUAAAAAUUAAAUAAUAGAGAAUAAAUGAUAUACAAAAACGAUGAAAACACAAAAUUAAACAAAACACAACUAUAAACAUAAUAUUUAAGUUGCUAAAUUGUGAAAAAAGAAACAAUUUAUUAUAAUUAUUAUUUUAUUGCUAAACAGAAAAAUAAAAGUAAAAAUGUAUUAUAAAAAUGAAAA